AUGAAGCCACUCGCUGCUGCGCAGCGCAUGCGCGCCAUCCUCGUGGGGCCCCCCAGUUUACCGAAAGGAAGCAGCUUUGGGGGGCCCCUUGAGGGCCCUGGGGGUCCCCCUGGGAGCCCCGGGGGGGCCUCUAGAGGCCCCCAUGGGGGCCCACAGGGGGCCCCCUAUCUGUACCUGUCUGAGUGCCCUCUCCCGAAGUUGAGGCCAAAUGAAAUGCUAGUCCGAGUAGGAGCUGCAGGGGUUAAUCGCAUGGACCUCUUACAGAAAGCAGGCAAAUACCCCCCACCCCCCGGAACCACCGACAUCCUGGGCCCCGAGGCUGCUGGGAUCGUCGUCUCCAGCUCCGUCUACAAAGAGGGUACUCCUGUCGCCUGUCUUUUGCCUGGAGGCGGCUACGCGGAGUACGUGGCUGCUGACCCAGCCCUUUGCUUCCCAAUUCCCUCAAAUCUCACUAUUAGAGAGGCCGCUUGCAUCCCGGAGAACUGGAUAACUGCAUAUCAGCUGCUUGAAGAAGUUGCAAGGCUCUCGGACUUCAAAGCGAACGGGGGCAAACCCUCCGGCAUAAAGCACGCCCUUGUGUACGCAGCUGGCUCAGGGGUUGGCGUGGCUCUGCUGCAGCUCUUUAGGGUUUUCAUUCCUUCAGUUUCUGUCAUUGCGGUUGCGGGUUCAAACGAAAAGCUGCAGAGGGUGAAGGAGCUCGGUGCGGCGGUCUGUCUGAACUACAAAGAGUUGGGAGAUUCUCUUGGGGACGAAGUGCUCAAAGCAACGGGCGGCCAGGGAGUAGAUAUAGUGCUGGACUGCGUCGGAGCUUCUCUUGUAAACCAAACCCUCAAAAGCCUGAAGACGGAUGGAACGUGA